GGGCGAUGGAGCUGGCAGCCGCGAACGUCAGCGUGGGGAACGUGAGCGGACCAAAUGCCUUCGCCGCGGAGCCGUGGCUGCUUUUCGGCAUCGGCGUGGAUAACUUCAUCACGCUGGUGGUGUUUGCCUUGAUCUUCGUCUUGGGCGUGCUUGGCAACAGCCUGGUGAUCACAGUGCUGGCGCGCAGCAAGCCGGGCCAGCCGCGCAGCACCACCAACCUGUUCAUCCUGAACCUUAGCGUCGCCGACCUGGCCUACCUGCUCUUCUGCAUCCCCUUCCAAGCCACGGUGUACGCGCUGCCCACCUGGGUGCUGGGCGCCUUCGUUUGCAAGUUCACCCACUACGUCUUCACCGUGUCCAUGCUGGUCAGCAUCUUCACCCUGGCCGCGAUGUCCGUUGACCGCUACGUAGCCAUCGUGCACUCGCGGCGCUCCUCCUCUCUCAGGGUGUCCCGCAACGCGCUUCUGGGCGUGGGCUUCAUCUGGGCGCUCUCCAUCGUCAUGGCCUCGCCCGUGGCCUACCACCAGCGCCUCUUCCACAGGGACAUCAGCAACCAGACCUUCUGCUGGGAGCAGUGGCCCAACCUGAGCCACAAGAAGGCCUAUGUGGUGUGCACCUUCGUCUUUGGCUAUCUGCUGCCUCUUCUGCUCAUCUGCUUCUGUUAUGCCAAGGUUCUUAAUCACUUACAUAAAAAAUUGAAGAACAUGUCCAAGAAGUCAGAAACAUCGAAGAAAAAGACAGCACAGACGGUCCUGGUGGUGGUUGUGGUGUUUGGGAUCUCCUGGCUGCCCCACCACAUCAUCCAUCUCUGGGCAGAGUUCGGGGCCUUCCCGCUGACCCCAGCUUCCUUCUUCUUCAGAAUCACUGCCCACUGCCUGGCCUACAGCAAUUCCUCGGUGAAUCCUAUCAUAUAUGCCUUCCUCUCUGAAAAUUUCAGAAAGGCCUAUAAGCAAGUGUUCAAGUGCCGCAUUCAAAAUGAGUCACCUCUAAAUGAAAACAAAGAAAACAAAACCCGAAUAGACACCCCAUCGUCAACCAACUGUACUCACGUGUGA